AUGGUCCCCGCCGCCGGCGCGCUGCUCUGGGCCCUGCUGCUGAGUCUGGGGCCCCGGGCGGCGGCGGGGGCCCGAGGCCAGACGCAGGCUCCCACGGGGAUGCAGCGGCUCAGUUCCCGCUUCGGGGGCCCCACGACCGGCAGCUACCGGCGCAGCGGCCGCACCGGUCUUCCCCGGGAGACCAGGAUCGUCGUGGAGGACGAGAAUGACGCCAUGGCCGACGCCGACCGCCUGGCCCGCCCCGCGGCCGCCGAGCUCCUGGCCUACACCUUGGUCACCGGCCGGGCGUCUGUGAGCAGCGAGGAGGACGGGUCUCUGGAAGAGGGCGUUGUGAUUGAGGCCGGAAGGAGUCACGCCAGGGUGGCGACCCCCACUGCGGCGGGCAGUUUCGGCUCCAGGUUCACAGCCAACAGCCAGGAGCCCGCAGUCAGGCUGACCUCUGACCUGCUGCGCUCCACCUCCAGGUCCACCCGGGACCUGCCGGGCUCCGAGGCGAGCCUGAGCCAGUGGUCGACGGCUGGGGCCGCGCCAAGCUCGGGGCCGUCCUCCUCCCCCACGGCCAUGCCGCCUCCCGAGGAUCUGCGGCUGGUGCUGCUGCCCUGGGGCCCGUGGCACUGCCACUGCAAGUCGGGCACCAUGAGCCGGAGCCGGUCUGGGCGGCUGCAGGGCCUCUCCGGGCGCCUUCGGGUGGGCGCGCUGAGCCAGCUCCGCAGGGAGCACCGGCCCUGCACCUACCACCAGUGUCCCUGCGACCGGCUUCGGGAAGAGUGCCCCCUGGACUCGGGCCUCUGUCCUGACACCAACUGCGCCUCUCAGACCUCGGCCACCACCAGUCCCACCACCACCCCCUUCCCCAGCAUCCACCUCAGACGCAGACCCAGUCUGCCGCCCCCAAUCCCCAGCCCAGCCCUGGAUUUUUGGCAAAAGGUCCGGAUUGGCCUGGAGGAUAUUUGGAAUAGCCUCUCUUCAGUGUUCACUGAGAUGCAACCAAUAGACAGAAACCAGAGGUAAUGGCCACUUCAUUCGCAAGAGGGGGUGUCAGCAUCUCAGUCUCUCCUUUUCUUUCCUAGCACCCACUAGAUAUUUUUAGUACGGAAAAACAAAACUGGAAAA